AAUCGCAGUCAGUUCGAAACAGUCGGUUUAACGUGUCACAUCGAAAAUGUCUAAUAUGUCUUCUAUAAUUCCGAUCACUUGUCCACAAGAGGAAGAAGUUGUUAAAGAAUCCAAAUACGUGCACAUCGAUCAGGACGGCGUAAUUAAAUUAGCUUCAGAGGUGAUAGAGGAUGUGAUAAAGGAAAGUAUAAAAGAUAAAGGUCUCCAAGUUAAAAAAAAAUUUGAAAGACAUAAAUAUUUUCCUGAACGUCUUGAGCCGACAAGCGCAGAUUGGAUAUUUUUAAUAAACACGUUAAAUUUCUCACUUUUUGCUUCAAAUUCUCCUAAAAAAUGGACAGUAAAUGGUGAAGAAGGAUACUCAGCGUUGUGUUAUGCCAUCAAAAGGGCAAUUAAAGAACAGUGUAUACCAUUAUAUGAUCCUUAUUAUUACGCAAGAUUGAGAAAAAGGGAUAUAAAAAAAAUUUUUAUAGGUGACGAAAGAACUACCUGUAUUCCUUUUUUAGAGAAAAGAGUUAAGAUUUUACGUGACGUUGGAAAUACAUUAAUAAACAAAUUUAAUGGUACUUUUCGAACUUGUUUGAGAAAAUGCGGAUUUGAUUCAAACCUUUUGAUGGAUUUGCUUACUAAUGAAUUUGCAUACUAUCGCGAUGAGGUAGAUUAUUACGGAAAGAAAGUUUGUUUGAAUACGAAAGCUAAGAUACUAAUAAAUGAUCUUGCGGCUUAUUACGAUUAUAUAAUAAAGUUUCAAACAUGUGAGAUGUGUAAGGAAGACGUCUACGAUAUUUGCUGAUCGCCGUUUUCUUCAAGUUUUCAACUAUUUUAAUGUUCUUCGUUACGAUGAAGAAUUCAGAAGAAGAUUAGUAGACCAGUGCAGAGUAACUGACCCGGAUAUAGAGGAACUGGAGAUACGAAGUUGUUCGAUUGUUGCGAUUAAAAGGGUGUGCGAAGAAGUGCAGAAAAUGCUCGUAAAUUCAACGAAAGAUGAAAUCGGCGACGUAACACGAUUGAACAUUCGGACAGUGGUUGAUAAUUUUCUAUUUUCAUUUGCUGACUCACAUUCGUCCCUUGCUUCGUCCUUUACAAAUUAUGAUAUACCGUUCUACAAUAUUAGGACCGUAUUUUAUUAAAACUAUAUUGCCAUUAUUAACAAAUGACUUAUGUAUGCAAAAUUGCAUACGUCCUAAUAGUGAAAGUAUACUUUUGAGGAAUAAUACAUAUUUCAUUAUCACGCCUUCGUAUAAUAACUUAAAAUAAGAUAAUAUCGAUUUUUAUCAUAUUAAAUAGCAGAUUUUUUCUUUGAAAUCAAUAUACAUAAAAAUGGCUAUGAUACAAUUAAAUACGAUUUACGAAUACAUGCUUGCUACAUAUUGAUUUAUUAUUAUGACUAUUAUAACGACUAGGUCUGUACAUUGUUAAAACUAUAUUGCCAUUAUUAACGAAUGAUUUAUGUAUGCAAAAUUGCAUAUGUCCUUUGUGUGGAAGUAUUCUUUUGGGGAAUAAUAGAUAUUUCAUUAUUACGUUUUCGUGUAAUAACUUAAAUCAAGGCAAUAUCGAUUUUUAUCUUAUUAAAUGGCAGACUUCUUUUUUGAAAUCAAUAUACAUAAAAAUGUUCAAUAUUAUAAUACAAUUAAAUACGAUUUAGGAAUAUUUACUUACUACGCAUUUACUUAUCACUCAGGGAGAUGU